AUUUUCCCUCCAUUUCUGGGCCCGCCAGCCACUAUGUUCCGAGAUGCUCCAUCGCACAGCGACAUCGGCCGUUCGUCCUGCGAAGCUCUUUUCACGUUACCUCACGAAUCACCGCUCGCUUCCGCAGGCCUUUCCCUCUAAUCUCGCUGCGACCUAUGUAACCCGCUGCGAGCGCGUGAAUCUAGGAGGUGUCGAAUCCGGGAGGGUCGAUCUCGGAAGGCUCGCAAUGCUUCACGCCAGCGUACCUUCCGAUGCAAUCUCCUGCCGUCCGUUACGCGGGCUGGAUCACACACCACUCGCUGUCGCGAAACCUCACCAGGGUCAAGGACGCCACGUGGCAGACCUGCACCCGUUCCGCCCUCGCUUAGUAUCCACGUCAGCGACUACAACCCUAGUCCUACCUUUCGGCCGUCGGGCUUCCCGGAAUCUCGUCCCAGCCGUUCCCGUCGUGAUCCCAGGGUUCUCAGCCUUAGGUCCUGGUACUUCGUCCUCACUUGCUGGCCUUUCCAUUUCCGUCCGAGGUCUCUUAACCUCGGGAUUCCCUCCCCUCUCGAAGGCUCGCCGCGAUGAGCGGAGGCUGGGGUACGCGCCAGGACGGGGAGCAUGGGGGGUCCGCGCACAGGGCAUUGCGGGGGAAGCGGGGAGUAGUCAAGCAGGGAUGAUUGAGGUGGAGGCGGAGGCGGAGGCGGAGGGGGGAGAGGGGGAUGGGGGAGCGGAAGGGGAGAAAGCGGAGCAGCUACAGUACGUGCCGCUGCACACGCACAGCGACUUCAGCCUGUUAGAUGGAGCGAGUCAGUUGAAGGGGCUGGUGGCGCGAGCCAGGGAGCUCAACAUGCCCGGCAUUGCGCUCACGGACCAUGGCGUGAUGUACGGCGCGCUGCAGCUGGUGCGGCUGUGCGAGGCGGAGGGAUUAAAGCCCAUCAUCGGCAACGAGAUGUACCUCGUGGAUGCCGAGGGGGCGCCUGAGAAGUUGCAGGAGGUGGUGCGGGAGUUGAGGGAGGCGAGGGAGGCGACGGGGGAGGGAUGUACGGCGGUAGGGGAGGAGGGUGUGCAGGGCGAGGUGGAGGCGGGUGGGAGUGGAGGAGGAGAGGUGAUGCUGGAGGGAGAGGGGGAGGUUGGUGCUGCGAAGGGGAGUAAUGAUGGGAGGGGGGGAGUGGAGCAAGUGGCAGGGGGGGAGGUGAACGAGGGGCAGGUUGGAGAGGAGCAGGCAGCGGAGGCGGGGGGGACAGGCAAGACGGCCAAAGCGCCCCAACCCACAAGGUACCACCUGACUGUUCUGGCCAAGGACAUGCAGGGGUAUCACAACCUGGUGCAGCUCACGUCCUUGUCACAUGUCCAUGGCAUGGUGGGCAAUGGUGCAAGAGGACGUCCAUGCAUCACGAGGGAACUGCUGGCGCAUCACAAAGAGGGGCUCAUCGUGCUCAGUGGAUGCAUGUCAGGGGAGGUGCCUCGUGCCAUCAUGGCUGAUCGCAUGGAUGUCGCUCGAAGCACCGUUGACUGGUACCGGUCCGUGUUCGGGGACGACUACUACCUGGAGGUGAUGGACCAUGGGCGCAUUGACGCUGCCAGUGGGUUCGACGUCAAUGCCAAGAUCAACCACGCGCUGCUGCAGCUGUCGCGGGACACGGGCAUUCCCCUAGUGGCCACCAAUGACUCUCACUUCACCCGGGCUGCAGACCACAGGGCGCACCAAACGCUAGUCUCAGUCAAGGCCGGAAAGAAUCUCGUCAAGGCAUACACGGGUCAGGAAUAUGUGAAGUCGCCGGAGGAAAUGCUACAUAGCCUGGAACGGACCCUUCCGGAGGAGCACGCCCUGGAAGCCCUUCAGAACUCAUUGCGCAUCGCUGAUAAGGUCGCCUCCUACUCCUCGCAGCUCUUCUCCUCUAAGCCCAAGCUGCCCACCUUUGAUGUGCCGCCCGGCCACACUGACGCAUCCUGGCUCGAGAGUGAGGCGCGGAGGGGCUUGCAGGCAGUGCUGGGGGUGCAGUCAUUGGAGGCGGUGCCCCAGCAGUACAGGGAGCGGCUGGACCUGGAGCUUCGAGUCAUCUGCAACUACGGCCUCUCGGCCUACUUUCUAAUCGUAUCGGACAUUAUCCAGUUUGCUCGCAAGAAUGACAUUCCCGUGGGUCCAGGCAGAGGCUCAGCAGCGGGGUCUUUGGUUGCAUACGCCCUCGAGAUCAUCUCCAUCGACCCCAUCGAACACGGGCUGUAUUUUGAACGCUUUUUGAAUGAGGAGCGACUUGCCCCUCCUGAUAUUGACUCUGACUUCUGCCCCCUCGGGCGAGAUAAGAUCCUGGCAUACAUAGCAGAGAAGUAUGGCGCGCACCGGGUGGCGCAGAUAGCCACGUUCAACCGCAUGGGGUCGCGGGCUGUGCUCAAGGACGUGGGGCGCGACAUGGCCAUUCCUCUCAGCACCAUGGGGGAACUCACCAAGCUGGUGCCUGUGGAGAGGGGUAAGGCGGUAUCCCUGUCGACCCUUAUGGCUGAAGACACCCCUUUCCGGAGACGGGUGGAGGAGGAUGAGAGGCUCGUGCAGUGCGUGGAACUGGGUCAGCUCUUAGAGGGUACAAACCGCUCCUUCGGGGUGCAUGCAGCAGGGAUCAUCAUCUCACCAGAGUGCUUCCCUCUCUCCCAGGUCGUUCCAGUGCAGCACGCCCCUGGCAACCCGUCCGCCUUGGUCAGCCAAUACGCCAUGGACGACGUCGAGCGGCUGGGCCUGCUCAAGUUUGACAUCCUGGGGCUCCGCAAUCUCACCACCGCUCACCUCGCCCGCCACCUAGCGCAGCGCACCUACGGGGUCUCGCUCCCAGUGAUUGAGAAGCUCCCAGUGGCCAACCGGGCGGCGUUUGACCUGCUUUCGGGCGGCGACGUGGACGGCGUGUUUCAGCUGGAGGCGUCCCCGGGGAUGAAGAAGGUGGUGCGCGCACUCAAGCCGUCGUGCCUCGCAGAUAUAUUUGCCAUCGUGGCGCUCUACCGCCCCGGCCCCUUGGAUGCAGGCCUGGUGGACCGUUACAUCAACAGGAAGCACGGGCGUGAGCCUGUCUCCUUCCAAACCCCUGCAUUAGAACCCAUUUUGAAGGAGACAUACGGCGUGCUGCUGUACCAGGAGCAGAUCAUGCGCAUGGCGCGGGACCUGGCAGGGUACUCGCUGGGGCAGGCGGACAUGCUGAGGCGCGCCAUGGGGAAGAAGAAGCACGACGAGAUGGUGGCCCACCACGAGAGAUUUGUGGAGGGGGCUGUGGAGCGGGGCGUGGAACGAGCAGUGGCGGAAGAUUUGUUCGAACAGAUGGUGAGUUUUUCGCAGUACUGUUUCAACAAGUCGCACAGCGCGGCAUACGGCUACCUCACUUAUGUCACAGCGUUCCUCAAGGCCAAUUACCCGCUGCCCUACAUGGCGGCGCUGCUCUCCACCUCCAUGGCCGAACCCCCCACGCUCAGACGCUACGUCAACUCCUGCCGCGCUGCCAAAAUCCACAUCCUUCCCCCGUCCGUCAACGCCUCGAGUUAUGACUUCUCUGUGGAGCUGCUUAAAACGGGGAUAGAGGGUGCAGAGGUGGAAGGGGUGGAGGAGGGGGGUGGGCAGGUGUCGCCGUCACAGCCUGCCACGUCAGCUGCUGAUGGUGGGAUCCGGUUCGGGCUGGCUGGCAUUCGUGACGUCAGUCGGGUGGCGGCGGAGGAGAUUCUUGAGAAGCAGGCGGCGGGCGGCAGUUUUGUCUCUAUCCAGGACCUGGUUGACCGCGUUGACCUGGGCAUGUGGAAGCGACCCAUCAUGCACGCCCUCGCACACUCUGGGGCACUGGACUGCCUGGUGCUGGGGGAAGGCCAGGGGGGAGAAGAGGGAGGAGGUGGAGGAAGGGGUGAGGGCGAGGGGGUGAGGGGGGAGGAGGGAGAGGGGGAGGGGGUGAUAGGAGAAGGAGGAGAGGUAGAGGGGGUGAGAGGGGGAGGGAGAGCCACGGGGGAGGAGGUGUAUGUGGAUAGGAAGGGGCUGGCGGACCUGCUGGAAGGGAUAGUGAAGGGGAGGAAGGAGCGGAUCAAAGAGGAGCAGAAGGCAGUGGCGAGGCGGGAGAGGGAACUGGUUAUGGAGCAGAAGAGACUUGAGAGGGAGCGGGAGAAGGCGCUUAAGGAAUUGCAGAGGCAGCAGGAGAGGCGGGCUCGGGAGGAGAAGAAGGAGCGGGAGAGAGUGGAGCGGGAGCGGAAGAGAGAGCAGCUGAGGGUUGAGAGGGAGCAGAAGAAAUUGCUGCAGGGGAGAGGGCGAACAGGCCAGCAGCAGGCUGCCCUUGUGGCGGAUACCCCCCUUGUGGCUGACAGUGGUAGCAGCAGCGAGAGCAGCAGUAGCACCGAUGGCAUUGACAGCAACAGCAUCAGCGGCAGCAGCAGCAGUGAAGCGAGCAACAGCAGCCCCCCCACUCCCACUAGCGCCACUUGUUCCUCCUCAGAUGCAGCACUGCCCACCGCGGACGCCGCUGCUGCUAAAAUCUCCAUUGCUGCACCAACCAACGCUGCUGCUGACGUCUCUGUGCCACCAAGCGAUGCUGGCAACGGUGCAGUGGCAUCCAACGCUGCUGCUGACGUUGCAGACACCAGCCUUCCUCCGCCUCCUGCCAUCCCCCCAUCCAUCACCUCUCCACCCACCACCACCACCACCACCACCACCAUCCCCGCACCCAUAACAGAACCACCCCCUCCCCUCCCCCCGUCCGUGGCAGAGGCGCUCAUCCUGAGGCGGCCCCUGCAGGAGGAGGAGCUGGCGGAGCGCCUGGCGGAGGAGAAGGCGCUGCUGGGCUUCUACGUCACGCAGCACCCCGUGCACUCCCUCCUCCCCCUGCUGCCCCAAUGGCUCUCCGUCACCCCCCUCGCCUCCUGCGCCCACGUCGGCUUAACCAGGGCCCUGGCGGACAGUGCUGCUGCUGCUGCUGGUGGCGGCGGCAGGAAGGGUAAGGGCGGACGCGGUGGCAGGAGCAGCAGCAGCGGCCCGUUGGUGCUGGUGCUGGCGAUGGUGGAGGCAGUAACGUUACGGACUACUAAGAAGUCGAACCAGCAGAUGGCCACCCUACAGCUGGAUGACGGCACGGGGCAGGUCGAUGCGGUGGUGUUCCCGGACGUGCUUUCGAGGUACGGCCCGAGCCUGAGCAAAGGCGCUUUGGUGUUUGCGUGGUGCAAUGUAGAUGUAGAGCUAGAGGAUGCGACUGCUGCUGCUGGCAGCGGGGAGAGCAGCAGUGACACCAGCAGCGGUGACAGCAGCAGAGGCGAGGGGCCAGCAGAUGCUGUUGCUUCAAGACAAUCAGCAGCAGCAGCAGCAGAAGCCCAGGAUGACACCUCCCCAGGACACACCUCCCCCCUCACCGCCCCCGCUCUCAGCCGGGUGCAGCUGAUACUGCAAGCUGCGGCCCCUGCCAGCAUGGCACAAUUUGUGCGCGUCGAUUUCGCAACAGAGGAUACCCGAGACCCCGAGUGGAUCAACGACCUCAAGUCGGCAGUUCUGGGUGUGCGGCGCGACGAGAACAACAGAUAUACUGCUCGAUUGCUCCAGCGGGACCUUCAGCAGGAUGUGGACCCGGGGGUGCAGUACUGGGGGCGGAAGCGGAGGGAGAAUGCACCUGGGCCUGUGCCUGUGGCGGUGCGCAUGUGGGAGUCAAAGGCAGAUAUGCCUAGGGAGCUCGUUGCAAAGAAAGGGUCGACUCCGUAUGGGCAGUGGCCGGAUGAAGGAUGGGGGAGUACUGGCUGGGGUACAGGGGGGGGCAAAGGAGAGAGACAUGGGAGUGGUGGAAGUGGUGGUAGUGGUGGGGGUGUGGGGGUGGCGGGGGGCUGGACGGGAAGAGGAUGAGCAAGGAGCACAUCCUCCCAAGGCCUCUUGUGUGUCUUGCUGAUGUUUUCAAUGUGGAGGACGCGGAGAGAGCGGUGGAGGAGCUGGGGCAUGCGGGGUACAGGGCGCGGGCGGUGCCGAUUCUCUUGCAUGGGAGCAAGGAGAAGAGGCGGCAAGAAGGCGUGUGGGGGUAUGAUGAGCACUGGCUGACUCGGGCAUCGUCCAUGUGAGAAUGGGUGCAUGUGAGAGCGUUAGCUCUGCACACGAACAUGGUUGAUCAAUGCGAUUGAGGUCAACAAUGUUGAAGUAUACUCCAGUAAACAAUGUGCUCAAUAGUUGGAGGUUACGUAUGGUAAGAGAAGGGGCACUUUGUACCCACCUUGAUUGAAGAUGUGAAGGAGUGUGAACCUCUUGUUUUUCGAUAGCAAAAAAGAUAUGUUAUGUUG